UUUAUUUUGAAAGCAGCAGUGCGUUGUUGUGUUUCCGGUGCCGAUCGCUUGAUAGCUUUAGCUGCUAAUUGAGGACAGUUUUGGGGAUUUUUGUGUUGUUGAAAGGAAGAUUUCAGAGCUCAGAUAGAAACUCAACACUCGUCUGCUGUACAAACCUUCAAAUCGUCUCUGAUAUGGACGAAUCGCGAGUGUUUGCGUCGAUGUUGGGCUUUCUGCUGAUGUGUGUCGCCUUCCGUGUUUCUGAGGCAAAAACAACUCCAAAAACAACAACAAUUCCACCUACAGCUCAUCCACUUGUUCACAAACCAUGCAACACAAUGACUUCCUGUGAGACGUGCCUCGCCAAUGUCUCGUGUUUGUGGUGCCAGACGAACAGCAGCUGCUCAGAUUAUCCGGUGUCGUAUGUGAUUCCUCCGGCCUCGGUGUGUAAACUCUCUCAGGCGCGCUGGGGUGUUUGCUGGGUGAACUUCGAGGCUCUGAUCAUCGCGAUGGCUGUGGUGUGUGGGACUCUGCUGCUGGCCGUCUCCGUCUGCUGCUGCUGCUGCUGCUGCUGCUGUAAACGCAGACGCUCGUCCAGUUUUGACCGUGAUGAUGAGCAGUUUGCCCGGAGACGAGAGGAGAUCAGACAGCGAGCAGAUGAACGGUAUGUAAAUCUCACCGCUGAUUGUGGAAGCAGCAACAGAUGGCUAACAGCUCCAGUGAUUGUUCACAGAUCAGCUGCUCAUAAAGCUCCGGCUGAUUUAUUUGGUAUGAAGCGGCCGCAGUUCGUCUGGAAGCUCGGCCCAUCUUCGUUGUGUGCUGUAGAGAGGAUGAAUGAUGCACGGCGAGUGAUUGGUGUCAUUCAGCGCCGCUCGUAUGUUACACACCCAUAA